CAGAAAUACAAUUUUUUAGGUAAGCUGCUAACUUUAUAAACGUUAAUAACUGGUCUGGAUUACGCACAGCUGGUUAAAAGAAAUUCGAUGGUUGUUUUGCGGGCACAUAGCAAUUAAUCUCGAGCACUAUCACCAUUUAGAAACGAUGCAAAAUUGAACGAGGGACGUUAUGAAAUAGCGAGUGCAUUGACGGAAGCCGAUGUCUCAAAAAAACACUUUUUUUGUCUAUCAAGGAACAGGUGCCCUGUUCAGUUUUUUACGUAACAGAUCAGCUGCUCGUAGCUCCAGAAUUAGUUUACCGGAGUUCAACGAGACACCGAAUCUAGACACCGACGGCAGUGACAGCGAAACGUCUAGUAACGACAAAAACAUCUGCAACAAAAAUGCUUUACCACUGUCAUUUGCGUUGCUGCCGUCACAACGCUUUUUGCCAGGAGUGUCGCACGAGCAGCAACGUAAGUUUCGCUGCAGAUUCUGCGGCAAGGGAUACAGAUGGAAGAGCACAAUGAGGAGACACGAGACCGUCGAGUGCGGGGGUAAGCCACCCGCGUAUCAGCGUCCCAAGUGUCCCUACAAAGCUCGGCAAAGAGGUAAUUUAACGGUGCACUAUAAACGUCAUCAUCAGAAGAUUGCAAAUUUUAGUGACACCAGAUAGCGUCACUCGAAGUUGUUAUUUUUUUAAUGUUUUUAUUUGGAUCAUGGGUCUUUGUACAUGUUUCUGUUUGAAGGAUUACUACUAAUCCUUUGUUUAUAAAAGACGCUUGAGGAAAAAAUAAUUUUAAGUUUAUGCAGGAUACAUAUUAUACUGUGUAAAAAUAUACGUUUUAUUUUUACUAAG